UCUGCUCAAUUGCAUGCAAACCAAAAGUGUACCGAAUUUCCUCUAAAUUUCAGCUGGCGAGCGAUGGCUGCAAGCGAGGAAACUUGUUAACCCUGCUUUCAAUACGCGAAUGCUGACUGCAUUUCUCCCUAUCAUGGAUUCCGAAGCGAAAAGUCUGUGCGACAAGCUGGAACCGCUAGCCGACGGCAACACCGAGAUCGACAUCUUUAGCCACUUAUCCAGUUGCACAUUGAGCACAACCUUCGGCACCACUAUGGGUCAAAAUGCAAAGGAAAUUCCCGAGCAACACGAUUACAUAAGAAACGUUGAAAUUUUUCUGAAAGCGGUUGGAGAAAGACUUGUUAAUGUGUAUUAUUUCAUCGAACCAAUUUACAAGUUAUCCAAAGCGUAUAAGAUACACGACGAGGCAAGAAGAAUCUGCAAUGAGUUCACCCAUCGUAUCGUAAGCAAAAGACGAUUUGAAAUACAAUCGCUUGGUGAGGAUUUCCAACAGAAGGAUGAAUAUAUCAAACAACAUCUGAAUGCUUUGGAUCAGAUCAUCACAAUGAAAAGACCAGACGGAACUGGAUUUUCAGAUCUGGAAGUGAACGAGCAUUUGUACACAUUGAUCGGUGCUGGAACCGACACUUCUGCCCUAAAUGUUGCCUAUACCUGCCUCUAUCUAGCGAUGUACCCGGAGGUUCAAGAAAAAGUAUUAACUGAAAUCAACCAAGUAUUUUACUCUCCUGAAGUGGAAGUCAACAUAGAAAACUUGAAACAACUCGAGUACACGGAAAUGGUCAUCAAAGAGAUACUGCGUCUGUUCCCAGCAGUUCCGUUAGGCGCUCGGCAGACGAUGAGCGCAAUCGAACUUGAUGGCAUACGCAUCCCUAAAGAUCAGAUCAUAAUCUUCAGUAUGUUCACACUGCAUCGCCGCAAGGACAUCUGGGGACCUGAUCCGGAACAGUUCGACCCGGAGCGUUUCCGACCGGAAGCAAUCGAGGCACGUCACCCAUUUGCCUAUCUACCGUUCAGCGGAGGCCUCCGCAACUGUAUCGGACAUCGAUAUGCAAUGAAUGUCAUGAGGAUUAUUUUGUUGCGGAUUAUGCAGAAAUUUGAAAUCCAGACCAAUAUGAAACCGACGGACUUGAAACUGAAGUUUGAAGUUACUCUCAAACUAGAUGGCCCUCACAGGGUGUGGCUGGUGAGGAGGAAUAAAUAAAUUACAUCAAGGUAUGAGCACCUGAAGAUAGAAUCAACUGCAAAUAAAACAUACUUGUCUUGGAA